GCAGCGGCGGGCGCAGGCGCAGCGGCGAGCUCACCUGUGGCAGGUGCUCAGUCCUGGGAGCAGCGGGGACGGCAGACGGCUCUGCUGGAGUGAUAAGAUGCUGCGGGAGCGGACGGUGCGGCUGCUGUACGGGAGCCGCGUGGAGGCGGUGUACGUGCUAGGCACGCAGCUCUGGACCGAUGUGUACAGCGCAGCCCCUGCUGGGGCCAAAACCUUCAGCCUGAAGCACUCGGAGGGAGUGAAGGUCGAAGUGGUCCGUGAUGGGGAGGCUGAGGAGGUGGCCACCAACGGCAAGCAGCGCUGGGCCCUCUCGCCCAGCACCACACUGCGGCUCAGCAUGGCCCAGGCCAGCACGGAGGCCAGCAGCGACAAGGUCACAGUCAACUACUAUGAUGAGGAGGGCAGUGCCCCCAUUGACCAGGCUGGGCUCUUCCUCACAGCCAUUGGGAUCUCGCUGGAUGUGGAUGCAGACCGGGAUGGCGAGGUGGAGAAGAACAACCCUAAGAAGGCAUCCUGGACCUGGGGUCCUGAGGGCCAGGGGGCCAUCCUGCUGGUGAACUGUGACCGAGACACACCGUGGUUGCCCAAGGAGGACUGCAGUGACGAAAAGGUCUACAGCAAGCAAGACCUCAAGGACAUGUCUCCGAUGAUCCUGCGGACCAAAGGCCCUGACCGCCUGCCUGCAGGGUAUGAAAUAGUCCUCUACAUUUCCGUGUCGGACUCGGACAAAGUGGGCGUGUUCUACGUGGAGAACCCAUUCUUCGGUGAGCGCUACAUUCACAUCCUGGGCCGGCGGAAGCUCUGCCACGUGGUGAAGUACACCGGGGGCUCUGCGGAACUGCUGUUCUUUGUGGAAGGCCUCCGUUUCCCCGAUGAGAGCUUCUCAGGCCUGGUUUCCAUCCACGUCAGUCUGCUGGAGUACAUGGCUGAGGGCAUCCCAUUGACACCCAUCUUCACAGACACUGUGACGUUCCGGAUUGCACCAUGGAUUAUGACUCCCAACAUCCUGCCUCCCGUCUCGGUGUUCGUGUGCUGCAUGAAGGACAAUUACCUGUUCCUGAAAGAGGUGAAGAACCUGGUGGAGAAAACCAACUGCGAACUGAAAGUUUGUUUCCAGUACAUGAACCGAGGAGACCGCUGGAUUCAGGAUGAAAUCGAGUUUGGCUACAUUGAGGCACCCCACAAAGGCUUCCCAGUGGUGCUGGACUCCCCUCGAGAUGGAAGCCUGAAGGAUUUCCCCAUUAAGCAGCUCCUGGGCCCAGAUUUCGGCUAUGUGACCCGGGAGCCCCUCUUUGAGAAAGUCACCAGCCUCGACUCCUUUGGGAAUCUGGAAGUCAGUCCCCCGGUGACGGUGAAUGGCAAGACAUACCCUCUUGGCCGGAUCCUCAUCGGGAGCAGUUUCCCUCUGUCUGGAGGCCGGAGGAUGACCAAGGUGGUCCAUGACUUCCUGCAGGCCCAGCAGGUGCAGGCCCCCGUGGAGCUCUACUCCGACUGGCUGACUGUAGGCCAUGUGGAUGAGUUUAUGACCUUCAUCCCCAUCCCAGGCACAAAGGAAUUUCGGCUGCUCAUGGCCAGCACCUCAGCCUGCUACCAGCUCUUCCGAGAGAAGCAGAAGGAAGGCCACGGGGAGGCCAUUAUGUUCAAGGGCCUGGGGGGCAUGAGCAGCAAACGCAUCACCAUCAACAAGAUCCUGUCCAAUGAGAGCCUCACGCAGGAAAACCAGUACUUCCAGCGCUGCCUGGAUUGGAACCGUGACAUCCUCAAGAAGGAGCUGGCACUGACGGAGAGGGACAUCAUCGACCUGCCCGCUCUGUUCAAGAUGGACGAGGGACGCCAGGCCAGGGCUUUCUUCCCUAACAUGGUGAACAUGAUUGUGCUGGACAAGGACCUGGGCAUCCCCAAGCCUUUUGGGCCCCAGGUGGAGGAGGAGUGCUGCCUGGAGACACAUGUUCGAAGCCUGCUGGAGCCUCUGGGCCUCGCCUGCACUUUCAUCGAUGACAUCUCUGCCUACCACAAGUUCCUGGGAGAGGUGCACUGUGGCACCAACGUCCGCAGGAAGCCCUUCACCUUCAAGUGGUGGCACAUGGCGCCUUGACUGGGAAGGGCCCUGGCCCUUCCUCCCCCCUGUAAUCUCCAGGUCCUUCCUGUGCCCCCCAAGUCCUUCCCUUCCAAGAAGUGGGUGGGAUUGUGGGUACUUGUGCCUUGCUGUCCCCGGGUAAGGGCCCCAGCGUCCAUUGAAGUCACCCCUGGUAAGCCCAACCAUCCCCCCUGAAAAUAGCUGAACACAUAGCUAGUGUGCAGAGCUCUGGCAGGGAAAACCAGACUUCCAGAAUCAUAUAGUCAGACUGGUCCUCAAGAAUCUCUCAGCCUCUAUUCUAGAUCAGAAUGAAGGCAGAAGGAAAGGAGGCUCUGAGGCGGCUGGCCCUUCCAGCACCACGCUGGAACCGAGGUUCGCAGUAGACCACAGGGACAGCGCCCAGGGCCCUGGGAUGCCUUGACCGGCCCUGUCAUUUCACAUCGGCCUCCCUCGGGGCCUCCUGGGGGUUCCCUCCAACCAUUCAUUCCUUACAUCCGUCACCCUCUCCCAUCUUCCAGUACACACAGGAUUCCCACUCCCUGAGGGUCCAAUCGUUCUGCUAGAAUCAUCUGGAAAUAGUUCUUCACUCGCUGUGGAUGCAGGCUGCCCAAGCUUGGGGGCACAGACUCUCCACAGACUAGCCUCUGUGGUCCAAAGCACAGUGUGUAAAGAUGCCCUCACCAGUUAGCGCUACUCUGCUUCUCUUGCCUGGUCCUCAGUUCUCAAGCCGGUCCAUGGGCCCCUCUUCCCAUUCAUCUUCCUAUUCUAGACACGGUCACCUCCCGACAGCUACAUAGUUUCUUUACCACCAGCCAGAUUUGGGCCUCCCACAGAGCCUGAGAAAUAACCUGUGCCUCCUCUUGGAGGUUGGCCGCAUUGUCCAAGGAUGCUACUGGUCAGGCUCCGGUCUCGGCAGUUGGUUCUUAGCCAGCUACUGCUCCAGAGGUGGGAUUUCCCAGCACACUUUCCAAAGUCCUUCCAUCCAGAUGUAACCCCUCUGCUCCAGUUAGAAAAAUCCCCAGGAGCUGGAGAGCUCCACAAUUAAGAGAGCUUGCGGCUCUUGAAAAGAACCCAAGUUCAAUUCCCACCACCCACAACAGUAACUCCAAUGGGGCCAAUACCUUUUCUGGACUCUGAGGGCACAUGUGCACAUAUCCAUAUGCAUAAUUAAAAAUAAAUUUUUAGGGUCUGGAGAGAUGGCCCAGUGGUUAA